CGCGUCCCCGCGAGCAGCUGGAAAAGGCUGCUACGUGGCUGUAUGGCGGCUGUGUCUCACAUCCAAACUUAGCGAGUGACUAUGAAAACGUCCUAAAAAAAAGGACGUUAAACUCUCCUUCCCAGUCAGAAUUACAGCUUCUUUGCCCCUUUUCUUUUAAAUAAACUUUUAGAGAAGUGAAUUUCACUUUUCACAACUUUUUGUAUAAACUCUUCAGCAAAAUGUCGAGCGACGGAUUGAAGCGGAGGAAAGGGAAAGCAGCCGCUGCUCUUAACGGAGACUCUGCAGACACCGUGCAACCGUGUGGAGGAGAUGAAGACAAGAACAAUGGAGAUACAUCUGGAAAAACGUCUCGGUGUUCUGCAGUAGAUGUCAGGACUGUAGUGAGUUUGCUGUCUCUGAGUGCCUGCUUUCUUCUCGCCUGGGCCAUGCUUCAGCAGAAUGCAAGGUUUAAUGAAGUUGAGGAAAAAUACAAUCAUUUGUAUGAAAAAGCAGAUGAUCUACUAGCACUGGAGCAGAAAUUCAGUGCAGCUUCGAAAAAGUUGGAGGCCUCCGAAGACCAUCUGAAGGGGUCAGUCUCUUCUCUCACUACGCUAACUGAGUUGCAACAGGAAGUCAACUCCCUCAAUGGCAUUGUUACAGCUAUGCAAGAGGACCAACAUGCAUCAUCACUUCGCCUCCAAAGUGUGAACAAUCGGUUUUUGAAUGUGACUGAGAAGUGGCAGGGAGGACUGGCCACCGUGACCGAGGACCUGACGACGCUGAGGUCCGAGUCACGCUCAGUUCACGGUCGUGUAACAGAGCGCGUUAACGAAGCUGAGGAGCGCCUGCGUGCUCUGGCCAAACGUCUGGAAGAGCUAGAAGACAGCACAAAGAGGAACGGGCGCGUGCUGGAGCGCACAGAGGAGGAAGAUACCAAGAGCAUCCAAAAUCAGCUAGACUGGAACACCAAGCAGGUUGCAAGGUUUCAGGAGCAGCUUAUGUUGCUCUCCAAAAGAGACAAGGAGCUUGAGGAAAAACUGGUGGUAAUGGAGCCACAGGCCAAAGAAUGUGAAGCACAUCUUCCUGCCGUUGAGGAUGCAGUCAGGUCCAUCCUGAGGUUAGGAGCUGACCUAAGUGGGGCUGAGAGGAGGCUUGAGGAUCUCACUCUACAAGUGGUGGGCUCUGAGGAUAGCUUGCUCAAGGUACUGACUGAGAUUCUUCAGCUCCAGCAGACCCUUGAUGAUCUGCAGGUGGACAACAGCGUGAUGAAGGUGAGGAAUGAGCUUGGAGUUGUCAUGGACGCCAUGAAGGAGCUUAAGCGGGUGCGUAGAGAAGAAGAGCUGAAUUUUGGAAGAGAGGAGCCUGAACAUGAUGAGGGGAAGAACGAUGAGACAUUGAAUAUCAAGCAAGUAAAUGAUGAUAUAAACAGUUUGGAAAUGGAAAGUUUUCCAGAAUCAACAGAAGGACACGGUACGAGUGAAAGAGCUGAGGAGAUCCCGUUGACUGAGUUAAAUGAACUACACUGAUUUUGUUUUAAUAAAAAAUAGACACAACUGCCUGAAAUCAAACUGACAUUUUUCUUUAGUGUGUUUGUUCAUGUACUUCACUAAGAUGUCGGUCACACCAAAUAAUUGUUUUUUUAGGUAAAUAAAGACAAAAUACUUUUACUUUUGGAUUUUUACCUCAAAAUGCCCAGUUCUAAACAUAAUACUACUUAAUGCAUUUGGUUAAUGAUUAUUAGGUCAUGUUUCACUUCUCCUUUCCCCAUCAUCAAGUGACAGCACUGAUCAGUGUCACUUGAAAAUAUGUCACAUUACAGAACAUAAAUAAGUUACGAUGUCCAUUUCAUUUUGUCUUUAAUAAUUAGAUUGUGUAGCCAGAUGCAAGCUUAACCAAACUGUAUGGCAAUGAAUGCUUCUAUUGAAAAAGCUUUCACAUAAGCUAAAGUAUUGAGGUAAAGUAUUGAGCAGCCAUUACACCACAGUAAUAAAUUUCAGGUUAAGCCAGAACCUCACUAUGUUUGUUGUAAGUCACUUGCCAUAAUGCUCUUUGAAUAUAACUGCAGUGUUCACUUUGCAUGUGAUUUUUUUUAAUGGUCCAUUUUAUUUACAGUGCUAUUUUUGCUCCACUAAUUACUACAGGCUCCUCCUGGUAAACUCUGGUGCAGAUUGGACACCAUGUUUUAUCUGUAGUGUUCAUUCUAGCUGGAGAACAGACUAUAACAAAUCAUUCUUCAUAUUAUGUUCUCAUAAUGGCUCAUAGAUAAAAGACAUAAAUACCCAAGAAUGCAUACAAAAUGUGUUAAAUGUUUCUAUUUUAAUAUUCAAAACAUUUUAUAAAACUGUAUAGCAAUUUUACAGUGAGGAAAUACCAGUUUAUUAGGUACACCUGCAGUACAGGGGCACUGUAUAGGUAUAUCAUCACUGAAUAUCGUCCAUAAGUCACUCUUCACAAUUUUUCAGACCCUCUCUACCUCAUUCAACAAUGGAAAGGGAUCAGCUUGGGUGGUGGAUUUAUUCUCCAUGGUGGUCCAGUGGUUAGGAAUUGACACAGAUAAGAAAAAGGAAAAUCUCAGAGUUCUAAUCUCAAACUACAAACCUAGGUGAUAGAUCAGUGAAAUAGGUGUGUCUAAAAAUGUGGUCAGUGUGUGUGUAUACAUUGUUUACCAUGUGUACCUAAUAAAAUGACCAGUGGAUGUAGAGAUAAGGUAGAUGCAGCUAAUAAAUUGUCAACUAAAUUUGUUACCUAGUGAUGAGGCAUGAUGGAGAAUUAACACGCAUCAGCCUCUGGUGUUUGCGAAUGUUCCACUUUACUAUGUUCACCGUUUCAAAUAUUUGUAUUGAUGUUGUAAUGUACAAUGCAUAUAAAUGAUGUACAGAAGAUUUCACACUUCAAUUAAAAAAAGAAUAAGAAAGAAGUUUACUGAAUUGUCAUUACUGUAACAGUUAUACAAGUGAUGGUGAUAAGUGUGUAUGAUAUGAACAUAUUGUUUUUAAUGCAGCAUUUCUUCACUCCUUUUUUUAUUUUAGUGUUAGAUUAAAACUCCAUAUCAGAUUAAUCUCAGACAGAAAACACACAAGAUUAG